AAAAAGAAGAAGAAGAAAAAAAAAGAAGAAGAAGAAGAUGAUGAAGAAAACAAAGAUGGCAAUUCAGGAAACUGUUAGCGGACGUUAGAGAAAUUGUCACCUGAAACUCGAUGAGUUGAGCGGCACAAAAACCUUUAUUUUCACAAUUGAUAAACGUCCCCUUCGAUUUAUUAACACCUGAUUUCAAUAACCAGAAACGGAACAAAAUGCCUUCUCCUAAAACCAAAAACAGUGCAAAUCGCAGCGCAGGUGGAAGCUCAGGUCUCAGUGGCAGCACCAACGGCAACGGACGCUACGAGUUCAUGUCGUUGAACCGAACCCCUCCACCCACUCUCCUCCAACGGCAGGGCUCCGACCCAACCGCUGCAGCCAGACUGCGGGCAUCUGAGAGCCCUACCCGGCGAAGGGGCUCCGGGUCCUCCACCUCCUCCAACACAGGCAUGCCCGAAGAGGAUUGUAUGCGGCUCAACCCUUCAUUUAUCGGGAUAGCCCUCAGCUCCCUCCUCGCCAUAGACCUGUGGCUUUCCAAGCGGCUGGGGGUGUGUGCCUGUGAAGAUUCCUCCUGGGGCAGCAUUAGACCAUUGAUGAAACUUAUAGAGAUUUCUGGACAUGGAAUACCAUGGCUGGUUGGGACAGCCUACGGCCUGUACAAGGCUGACAGUGCAGCAGGACAGGAGGUUAUGCUAAACCUCUUCAUGGCUCUCAUUCUAGACCUGAUCCUGGUUGGCAUCGUGAAAGCUGUCGUCCGUCGGCGCCGCCCGUCCCACAACCGCAUGGACAUGUUCGCCACCUUCUCCGUGGACCGCUUCUCCUUCCCCUCGGGGCACGCCACCCGCGCAGCCAUGUGUGCCCGCUUCUUGCUGGCCCACCUGGUCCUGGCCGCACCCCUCAGGGUGCUGGUGUUCUUGUGGUCUGGUCUGGUGGGGCUGAGCCGGGUACUGCUGGGCAGACACAACGUGACCGACGUGCUGUUUGGCUUCCUAAUGGGCUACUGGCAGUACAACCUGGUGGAAAUGCUCUGGGUGUCAUCACUGGGCCUGCAGGGGCUGCUGGGACUCAUCCAGGGGUGAGGAUGAGGAGGAGGAGUGGAGAUUGAGGAGGGUUAAAGAGGGUGUGGUUGGUGGGAGACCCUGUCUCGAUAUGUUUGAAACAUUGACUGAUCCUGCCCCACACUGACACUGUGGUAACUCAUCAUUUCAAGACUAACAACGGCAACAACAAAGGCUGCCACCCACUAAUCAUCCAUCCACAUGGAACUGCAAUCAGAAGCACCGACAGUAGGAGCAGGAUGCUCCUCUACACUGCAUCACAGCACUGCUGCAAAGACCUGGAACACUUUCCACUCUACUGUAAUUCGCUGUUGGAAAAGAAGUGUGUGUGGAAUAUUAAUGUGGUGUAAUAAGCCGGGGGGGUAGUGUUACCCCCAAUACAGUCUUCUGUUCUUCUUCCAGCUUUGGAGGUUUGGGGCUCUGCAGUGAUAUGAGAGAGAGAGAGAGAGAGAGAGAUGUUCUUUUAGAGGGGAGAAUGACUGCUAUAGAUUAAAACUUAAAUUGAUUAUGGUGUCUGCGGGUCGCUCUGAAAAGAGCAUGUUUUAUGGAGGAUUCAUUUUGUAUUGACUUAUUUUAAACUUUUAAGGUAUGUAAGGCUGGAAAUUGAAUGGUAUGUCUUUUUUAUUUCCCACUGUGAAAUAUACACUGAACAAAAAUAUAAACACAACAAUUUCAAGUUACAGUUCAUAUAAGGAAGUUAGUCAAUUGAAAUGAAGUCAUUAGACCCUAAUCUAUGGAUUUCACAUGACUAGGCAAGGGCACAGCCACGGGUGGGCCUGGAGGGCAUAUGCCAGGGUUCCUUAACUGGCGGCAGGCGGACACAAUUUAUCCGCGGGUGGUUUUAUUUGGCCCCGCUAAGUUUUCUGAGCGAAAAAUAAAUAAAUUGAAUUUGCAUUGUUGGAUAUUAAAGACUGUAAAAUAAAAAGGAAAUCAGCCCCAAGUGAUUUUAAUUGAAGAAAUUUGUUCCCAAGUAUUCCCACGCAUAAUAGAGAGACACGUGAUCUUAUACAAAUGUAAGCAAGGUUUGAAACGAUUAUGUUUUAGUCAAACAUAUCUGUUUGGUCAGUUUGCAGUCUACAAAUUAUUUGUAAUUGUGUUCCGGCCUGCCGACCAUUCGCUUCAGGAAGAAAAUAGACCCCUGGCUGAAUCUAGUUGAUGAUCCCUGGCAUAGGCCCACACACAAGGGAGCCAGGCCAGGCCUAGCCAAUCAGAAUACGUUUUUCCCCACGAAAGUGCUUUAUUACAGACAUAAAUACUCCUCAGUUUUAUCAGCUGUCCAGUGGCUGGUCUCAGACGAUUCCGCAGGUGAAGAAGCUGAAUGUGGAGGUCCUGGGCAGGCCACAUGGUCUGCGGUUGUGAGGCCGGUUGGACGUACUGCCAAAUUCUCUCAAAUGACGUUGGAGGUGGCUUAUGGAAGAGAAAUGAACAUUCAAUUAUCUGGCAACAGCUCUGGUGGACAUUCCUGCAAUCAGCAUGCCAAUUGCACGCUCCCUCAACUUGAGACAUCUGUGGCAUGGUGUUGUGUGACACAACUGCACAUUUUAGUGGCCAUUUAUUGUCCCCAACACAAGGUGCACCUAUGUAAUGAUCAUUCUGUUUAAUCAGCUUCUUGAUAUGCCACACCUGACAGGUGGAUGGAUUAUCUUGGCAAAGGAGAAAUCCCCACUAAUUGGCAUGUAAACAAAUUUGUGCACAACAUUUGAGAGAAAUAAGCUUUCUGUGUGUAUGGAACAUUUCUGUGAUCUUUUUAUUUCAGCUUGUGAAACGUGGGACCAACACUUUACAUGUUGCAUUUAUAUUUUUGUUCAGUAUACUUACCCUGAAUGGGUUAUUGCGGGUCUUGAGAAAUAAUCCAGUUUUCUACAGGUUGCUGCAUGCACAAUAAUAAUUACCUGCUGAUGUUGUUUUAACCAGAGACAGGAGGCAUGGUUUUCACUCCAGAUUAGGCUUCCCAACAAUUUAACACUAACGCUGACAUCAAACCUGUAGUUGAUUAUUUCAUGACCUUUUUAAUGUGUUAAACCUCUGGCUAGGCUGACCAGACCACGUCAUCUCUCCUUAUCCGUGGCUCUGAGACGUGAUCCUGGAGGUAGAUAGUGUUCCUCUUCAUAGCCGCAUGGAGAGUUGAAGCUUUAAUGUAACUCUUUGAUCAGUUGUGCAACAGCCAGGGUUGCAACAGGUUGAACAGGUUGGAGGGAAGACAGGAGAGCGGCAGGUUUUAUAGUUCUUGCCCAGAGAUCGAAGUAGAAUAGACUUUUUUUACCUUUCAGAAAGAGAACACGCAGUGAAUGUCAAAGACGGUUUGCUGUUUUCUUCUGUACUGUUUUGUUUACAGGUGUAACUGACACACACACAGACAUUUUACUGAGUGACGCCAGCUGUAGUAAUGGUGUACUCAUGCUCUGUGCCCUGACCAAAAAUUGGGUGUGGGGUGGAUCUAGUGGCGAAGUACUUUGCACCCUGUCCUUAACUGCCCUACUGCUAAACUGCUCUCUGCUCUGACUUCUGGUGCAUCUGCACCGUGGCCUCCACUUUCUAUGAAUGUACAUUCUCUGGUGCAAUGUGCAUGUGAGCCAGACAAAGAGUUCUCUGCUGUCCUGGGUGUUUACAAAGUGUUUCUGUGUGUUUACACAGACAGCAGCCAUUUUAUGCCAUAGCCGGUGUUGUCAUUUGGCUGUUGUUGAUGGCACAUUGUAAAUAUCCCGCACAGACACUAAUCAACAUUCUAUUGUCGACUCGGAUGAAUAAUAGUCCUUCUCUCCUCUCUCUUCAACUCUGAAACCAACAGCCCUAUCUCUCUCUCUCUCUCUCUCUCUCUCUCUCUGUCCUCCUCUCAUCUCCUCUCAGAUGAGUGGAUUAUGCUGUAGCUGAGAGUAACCAGGAAGAGGUGUGUUGAGACCAACCACUCCAACACCUCCGCUCUGAUUAAAUAUGGAGGAGCAGUUUAUUAGCCACGUCUCUCUCUUUCACCCUCUUUCAUCCUCACUCUAUUUAAUCUUUUUCUCGCUCUCUCUCUUCUCUCAUUCUCUCUCUCUCUCUCUUUACUGUCUUUUCCUCUCUCUCUGUGCUCACAGAAGAGUCAGACUCAAUUACCUCUUCUCCAUUCUUCAGUUGCGAUUCACUGUUGAUCUUUCAUCUUUCGUGAACCACUACCUCCUCCCUCUACUCCCCCCGGACUCACCCGCCCCUCGCUCCCCUGGAACUCCUACCUCCCCUCACUCAUCUAGUCUUAUGUAGCAUCCAGGCUCAAGUAUGACUCCAAACCAAACAUGCAUUUGUUGAAGUCUUUAGCUGAGGAGGAUUUGGUCAUAUGUUGCCAUGCAGUGAGUGUAGCUACACGUGAUCAGCUGGUCUUGAUUAGUCUUCACGUACUGUUCUGAGGGAUGGUCUACAUCAGUAGCAGCUCUACUUCUCUGUUGUAAAUAAUCCAUUGAGUAACUCUCUGAUCUAUUUCACACAUACUGUAUUUCUUCUGCAAUAAUCCAGUAGUAGAGACUAGAGCUAACCAGUCAGUGGUUCUUGAAUUGGUACGAUUUGACCAAUGGCAUGGCUUCCCCAGAAACUGCUUCCUGUACUCAGCCAAAAGCAAUCAUGGUUCUCAUCGCAAUAAGGAAGAACGCAUUGUUGUUCUUCUGUUUUUAUUGUGUUAUCUAUCUACUCACCAGGGAAUGUCUGCAAAUGUUAUGUCCAAUCAAAGCAAUAUGGCUGACACUCCACCCUAUCAGAGGGAAAGUUUAGAUGUUUCAGAUCUACAGUAUAGGCUAAAUGUAUGUCCCAAAUGCCACCAUAUUCCCUACAUAAUGCAUUACUUUUGAUCAAAGCCCUAUGGGCCCAGGGGUUGGAGCUAGGAGUCAGUUUGGAGCUGUGCCCACUAGUCUGGGCAUCUCCGCCUCUGUACAUUCAAAGACAAAGUCUGCAGACACAAACGGUACUUCACAAGAUCUCACCAGCUUGAUACACUGAAUUAUAACUUUAAUCUGUUGUUAUUGUGUAAUCUUUCAUCUGUAAUGUCAAAUUAAUGAAGUGUAAUGUCAAUGUAUGUACAUUUUGUGUUCAUCUUACGCUUUAUAUUAUAAUGGGUUGACUGUA